AAAAAAGUCCAAACGUUGGUUGUUGGUUGCGUCUUUUAUCUAUCUUUUAAUUAUAGCAAAUUUAGCGUUAAUGAGAAUAUGCGAAGUGGAAAUAAGAAAUCGCAAUUAUCAGUUUAUCUGGAAGCACAAUGUGGCGAUUCAACUCAUUUUUUAUUAAGCCAGUUAAAACCAUUUUGGCUAGAAUUCAUUCAGUCUGAACGAAUUGAUUUUGAAAUUAUUCCAUUUGGUAAGGCUAGAUGCGUACCUGUUGUCGACGAUUUCAAAAGAAGAAUGGGAAAAAAUUUUUUUAGAUGUGUAUGUCAGCAUGGGCCAGAAGAAUGUCUUUUAAACCAAUUAAUGAACUGCGUAAUCGAUGAGUUAUAUGUUCCAGAAAGAUAUUUUCCAAUUCUGUUUUGCUUGCAAGGGAAAAUGUCUCAAGAAGAAGGUGUGAGGGAUUGCUUAUUGCCUUCUCGUGAACUACCCAUUCAAAGAUUAAUUAAUUGUGGAUCAACUAUUCAAGGAAGACGUUUACUAGCACAAGCCGGUGACAAAACUGCUUCAUUAAAUCCAAAACUGUCGUUUGUUCCUUGGAUACUCGUGGAUGGCGUAAGGUCGGUUGAUGCACUGUACAACUUAAAAGAAGUAUUAUGUGCCAAACUCAUUCCAUCGCCAAGGCAGUGCAAUGCCAUAUAG